UCAAGUAGUCGAGAGCGACUUGACCGCGCACGUUCUAAAACGAACGCAGUCCGCAUUUGUUUUGUUUUUAAGUGUCGCUUGUGGUUGUUUAUAUAAGUGUAUAAUGAAGUGUAUUAGUGUUUUCUUAUUUUUAACUAUAUUCGGCGGAACGUGGCGGUCAGGCCAACCGACCUGCGUGUUGGAAUCAGAUUUCGGAUUUAUCCUCAACUGUGCUUUUAAGAAAUCUGGGCUGUUUCGAGUUAGAAAUCUUGGUGGUGUGAAAGCUCACAUAGGCCUGGGGUUUAGUGUUGGAGAUGAGUUAGGAUUUAAAGAGUCACUGUCGAAUACGGAACAAAACCGAAGAAGAUCAGCACCAGCGUCAGGUUUCCAAGCGCAGUUAAUUCAAGCGCAACAAAAAGCUAAAAAGGCUAAUUCGUUAACAGUGCGCUCACCAUCGCCAGUAGCAUCGGUGGAAGCAGUCCCGGUGCAAGUAGUGACACCUUUGGCAUCUGGAUCAGUGCAAUCGUCGAAGAAGAAGUCGCCAUCUUCAACCCCCCCUGUAAUACCUCCAUUCAAACCCAUACCACCCGCAGACGAACGACCUACUAUCUCUAAAUCUAGUUCUAGUCAACCUACUGUAAUGGGUAACCUUCCAGUUAGCCCUUCCGAUGCUAAGGUGAUGGCUGUAGUAGGAGUACCAAAGACUCAAGUACAAGGCCAAGAUAAAAUAAGUAGUACUAACUUCGCCGUUAGAACUCUACCCACUCCUAAUAACGACCUUCCAGCAUCCAUACCACAACACUCUUCUAACUCCAUUCAAGCUAUUCUAGCUGCCAACAACGUCACGGAAGAGAUGUUGGAACUGGCGAUGCUGCAGAGGCAGCAGAUGUUGGCGAAGAUGAAGACGACUACAACCACUACUACCACGUAUAGAUCUACUUCGAAGUAUGCCAAUAGCGUUGGUAAAGUUAUGAACGCGCCUAAGGAGUAUUAUCCUGUGGGCUAUGAUAAGAACUUUGACGACAAUUUUGCUUCAAGGGUGGAACUGCCAGAAACGUCCUUUUAUUGCGGGGAUCAAAAACAUUUUCCUGGAUUGUAUGCCGAUGAAGACCUCGGAUGCAUGGUUUUCCAUGUUUGCGCUCUGACCGACGACGGCCUUAUCAUGAAAAGCUUCCUGUGUCCGGAAUCCACAUUGUUCGACCAGACGAUUCUGAAGUGCAACUGGUGGUUCUACGUGGACUGUAAGAACUCGAAAAAGUUAUACGACUCCAACAUCCCAAUUUCGAAGAGCUACCAACUCAUGAAGGCUCUCACCUUUUUCUCAGCUUAUAAAAAGGACAGUACGUCGACCACCCCGAAAACCAAGGACAAAGACUGAUAUCGCCCGUGAAAAAUAGACUUUUUAACCUUUUAUUUAUAUAGUUGCAAGGGGUCUAGUUGGCGUUGUGUGGUUUUUAUUUUAACUUGUAAACAUUUGCUUUGUCGUUCCUCCAAUCGCUGUUCUCGAAACUGUUCGAGAAAGUGGUUGUUUCUUCUCCCGACCACUUACGUUCGUAACUGUAACAGAAUAAAUACUAAAUUAUAUAAUUUUAUGCUGCAGAAUGGAAAGUAAACCGUACACGCGGAAUAUAUCCGUUAAUCAAUUAAAUCAGCGCUAUUUAUACGAGGUUUCUGUAUUAAUAUUAAGUAUAAUUAUCGAGAAACAGGAGACCUUGGAUGUUAGCACUUGAAAGUUCUAUGUACCUGUGAGAGAAUGAUAUUGAAAGAUGUUUACAUAGGAAUAAAAAUAAGGGCAUUUCGAACUAUUUCUCCUUGUGACUUUCAGCUCAAUCUAACUAAGUCUUAAAUGUAUUUUAAUUAAGGUUAUUUUUUGUAUAUCCGAGUGGAGCCGUUGUAUUCAUUUUAGGAAUUUCGUGUUCAACACGGAUAUUUUCUUAUACUGAGUGUUAGGAGGAUAACUCAGUAAUUCAAACAGCCUUCUUUUAUUUUUUGCUUAUUUUGAUGUAUACUGUCGUCUAUUGAAAAUAUGACAGCCAGAUUCUAACACACUGUAUACACAGCCUCGGUUGAUGAAUAGAUUGGAUUGCGCAACCUCUUCUUUUAAUCUAUUAGUUUAAUUCAAUUGUUCCAUAAUUUGUUUUUCAGUAUAUAGUAGGAUCAUAUUCGAUGCAAAGUAAUAAAUCAUUACCUGUCAAGGGAUCCAGUGCAGUACGGUUUUAA